AUGGCGGCAACUGUGCUUCCAUACGCGAGACCGCGUUUCGACCAAAGCCUCGCACGGCGGCUAGUGAACGAUCGCAUUGCGAAGCCGAGGAGACAAGCAAUAGUCCUUUCAUCGUCGUUAGCUGCUGGACUACCCGCCUCCGUCGGCGUUUCUUCCGUUCCCGCGCGUCCCCUCUCCCUUCCUGCAUUCCUCCCCUCCAUGGCCGUUACAACUCUUGGCUUCUUCGCUCGGUUGUUGGGCGGCGACAAGAAAGAAGAAGCCGAGAGGUCGUCUCGAGGCACGGGAGGCCCUGAGAGUGACGAUGACUAUAAUGACGACUCAGGGGAAGAGGACGGGGACUCGGAUGACGAAGAGGAGGAGGGAGUGUAUGGAGAGGUGGUGUUGGUAGAGAGUAAGGCAGAGGAUGGGAGCAGCAGCAAGAUAGUGUUUUCAGCGGGUGGCGAGGUGGACGUGUAUGCGUUGGAGCGGCUGUGUGAGAAGGUGGGGUGGCCGAAACGGCCCCCUGAGAAGGUGGAGGCGGCGCUGCGGAACAGUUACCUGGUUACCGCACUCCAUCUAAUUACCACUCCGCCUGGUGCUGCAGAGGGGGAGGGCGACGGUGAGAGGGAGCUGAUAGGCAUGGCCCGAGCCACGUCAGACCACACGUUCAACGCCACCAUCUGGGAUGUGCUUGUCGAUCCGAGAUUCCAGGGUCAAGGCCUGGGCAAGGCUCUAGUGGAGCAGACGGUUCGGGCUCUUUUGCGGCGGGAUAUCGGCAACAUCACCCUUUUUGCGGACUCGCAAGUGGUGGACUUUUACAAGAGCAUGGGAUUCGAAGCUGAUCCUGAGGGAAUAAAGGCCAUGUUCUGGUAUCCGAGGUUCUAA